AGCGUGAGGAAUACGCCGUUCUGACAGUUCUGAGCUUACUUUUCCUUUUUCUAGUGAGAGAGAAAGAUGUCGGAGACUGCUCCAGUAGCUCCUACUACUCCCGCACCUGCGGAGAAAACACCUGUAAAGAAGAAAGCUAAGAAAACUGGCGCUGCUGCAAAGCGGAAGGCGACUGGGCCACCGGUGUCCGAGCUUAUCACCAAGGCUGUAGCCGCUUCCAAGGAGCGCAGCGGGGUGUCGCUGGCUGCGCUCAAGAAGGCGCUAGCGGCCGCCGGCUACGAUGUGGAGAAAAACAACAGCCGCAUCAAGCUGGGGCUGAAGAGCCUGGUCAGCAAGGGCACCUUGGUGCAGACCAAGGGCACCGGCGCCUCUGGCUCCUUCAAGCUCAAUAAGAAGGCGGCUUCCGGGGAGGCCAAGCCCAAGACUAAGAAAUCGGGUGCUGCCAAACCCAAGAAACCAGCUGGGGCCGCCAAGAAACCCAAGAAAGCUGCGGGUGCGGCCACUCCCAAGAAGAGUGCCAAGAAGACCCCCAAGAAGGCGAAGAAGCCCGCCGCAGCUGCUGGCGCCAAGAAGGUGGCUAAGAGUCCGAAAAAGGUGAAAGCUGCCAAACCCAAAAGGGCUGCUAAGAGUCCAGCUAAAGCCAAAGCCCCGAAGCCGAAGGCUGCCAAACCGAAAGCUGCCAAGCCUAAAGUUACGAAGGCCAAGAAAGCGACCCCUAAGAAGAAGUGAACCUUCCAACAGGUCUUCGUAAAUCUCAACGGCUCUUUUCAGAGCCACCCACGAUAUCAAUUAAAGAGCUGAUCACUUAAGGUUUA